AUGAAAGCUCUGCCCACCGCCGCCGCCCUCCUCCGGCGAAGAACCCAUCGUCCCGGCGGAAGCUCUCCUGGUGCCUCUCUUCUGCUCGGCCGCCUCUUCUCUAUGGCGCCGCCUCCUCUCUCUGUAGAAUCUGAGGAGAAUGCUGAUUACAGGCUCUGCCAUGUCGCCGAUCAGCGCUCCGCCCUUCCUGAGGACGGACCUCCGCCGCCGCCGCCGCCGCGGGUGGCGGCGGAGGAAUCGCCGCACCGGGCGAUGAACGUGGAGUGGAGAGUCGAGCGGGCCUGGGAACACUGGAGGCGGCUCGGGGCGCCAAAGCUCGUGGUGGCGCCCAUGGUGGACAACUCCGAGUUGCCUUUCCGGAUGCUGUGCCGCAAGUACGGGGCGGAGGCUGCCUACACGCCGAUGCUGCACUCUCGCAUCUUCUCGGAGAACGAGAAGUAUCGUAUGACGGAAUUCACCACCUGCAAGGUAAGAUCGAACUUCCUAAUCCUUUUGGUUUUUUGUUUUGUUUUGGAAAACGUGUCACGGUUGGGUUUUCCACCCCUGAGUGGGAUCUCUCAGAACCCUAGUCGAGAGACUAGGUGUGUACAUGCAUAGAUAAACGCUCUACAUUAUGUUGGUUCAUCACUAGGGGCGUUGGCUGACCUUUGCCACUCAUAGGAAGCAGAGGAUUUUUGACAGUCGUCGACUAGGUUGUGGUGCCUGCUUUCAUAUUUGAAGAUGAAUUGGUGAGAAUCAUGAGAGUUUUGGAAAACCGAAGAGUAUGCCCCAUCUUACUCACCGAAUCCGGAAGAAGACUCUCUGCAAGCUUUUGCUUCUAUAUUCGGUUAUGUUCUCAUGCACUGGCUAAAUUCAGUUUUCUUCUUUAGACGACCAUAUGUGUGUGCUCUCUAUUUUUCGUAUACAAGAACGAGGUAUUCCAUGGUAUGUCUCAUUUUAGGAUGAUGACUGUUUGGAGCUGCCCAUUUUCUCUCUCCUACUCUUAGAUAAUCUCACGACAUUGAUACCAGUGCCCACUAUCAUCUAUUCUUUCUCCAGUAUUGCUCAUAGAUCAUGGUUCCAGAACAUCCUCGGAGAUGGCCCUAGGAAGCAACGUUGCCUGUCAAUUACAUCGCAGAACAUUAGAGAUUUUCCUCGAACAGAUGCAGUAAAAAUGAAAAAUUCAACCAUCAACCUCAGAUAUUGGCCUAUUUCUUCUAUCUCGAGCUUUUCCAAACGCCUUUGUUCUGUAGGAUGAAAUAUUUAAGUUCGCUCCAAGAGCUCACCAUUCUGUCCCUUAGCCAUGGAGCAUCAUAUAAUCCCUCAGUCGAUCUCUUUCUGUGUCUCACUCUCACUGUCUCCUUCUCUAAUGCCACAUUUCCCCACAGCUCGCUGUCACUAUGAUAGGAGGGGCUGCCAUAAGACAUGGAAGAAGGUUGCAUGUACCAUUCAGCCACUCUAAGGCUAUGCAUAUUUUACAGCAGGGAAGUAGGUCCCAUUGUCUCAAUCCGUCUGUUAUGAAGGAUCGCUAGUUCAUGAAAGCCUUCCUCAGUAAUUGGACUGGCUCAGGCCAGUUUGACCCACCUGAGAAUCGGGCCAAGGCCAGGUCCUGUCCAUCUCACCAGUGUAGAGAACCUGAGAGAGGCCUCAUCUGACCCUCAAAGUGAGCUCCAUUGGCCUUCCUAACCAGCCAGAGGGAACAAGGCGUUUCUACUGUUCUCAAGGGUAAGUAUGCCCCCUCAGAAUCCUAACUAAUACCAGCUGUAGUUUGUGAGUAGUUUGUCAACACUUGUUAACUGAUGGGCUUACUUGUAAUAAUAAAUUGCUUCUUGGGUUCAUUCCUAUAUCAAGCAAAGAUGGGACCUUUUUGUUCGUUUAGAAACUUUCUGGGGGAUUAAAAACCAAAGAACCUUAUUUUUUUGCAGCUGGAUGAAUAAUAUAAAGCAGUCUCCUCCACGUAUCAAUGUGGUAGAAAUCACGUGCCUUGAGGGAGGGCAUCCUACCCUUUGACCGGGGUACUGUGAAAUGGUUUCUCGCCAAUAAAAGUAAAUAAGCAGAAGGGUAAGACUGAUUAAUCACUUGAUGCAAAUGGGCUCACUUGCAACAAAUCAAAGAAAACCUUAUGUAAAAACGCAUGCGAGUUUGUUAUUUAUCUUCAUAUGUCUUCAUAGAGCAUCAUUAUGCUUUACUCAUGCACCUUCUGGUUCCUACGUCUUGAGGGAGAAACUUAAAUGAUUGUCGACCAAAAAGUUCUAAGCUCAGUUCUGUUGCUCAUUGUGCUUGAUUAUGCAGGAGGAUCGCCCACUUUUUGUCCAGUUCUGUGCAAAUGAUCCUGAUACGCUAUUACAAGCAGCACGUAUUGUUGAGGGCUACUGUGAUUAUGUUGAUAUUAAUCUGGGGUGAGCCUUCAAUUGCUUUUUCUAAUACCAGACGUCAUGAUCUGUACAUUUAUGAAUGAAAAAUUGUCUCAAUUCAUCUUUCUGAUUCACGUUUGAUUUUGAUUGUGACAAAGACGACUGACGAGCCCAUUUUUUUUGUCGAUCAAUAAUGUUUGGUUGAUGUUUAAAUUUGCAUACCGAGGCAAUUAUGUUUGAUUGAUGUAUCUUGACAGAGCCUCGAUGUAGAAGUUAUUUUCUUCCGUACCUUCUGCUAAGGUUGUCGGAGUUGACCAUCAAAAGAGAAUAUCAUCUUCAUAUAUUCACUUUGAAAUUGACGUUUUAGUCCAUUUAAGCUGAUCACGACCUUCAAAACCUUGCAGGUGUCCACAAAGGAUCGCUAGGAGAGGCAACUACGGCGCCUUCCUCAUGGAUAACCUCCCUCUUGUGAAAUCGCUCGUCGAAAAGCUUGCAUUCAACCUCCGUGUUCCAGUCUCCUGCAAGGUCCGAAUCUUUCCUCGGCUAGAAGACACCAUUGCCUAUGCUAAGAUGCUUGAGGAGGCCGGGUGCUCCCUCCUGGCUAUCCAUGGCCGCACCCGUGACGAGAAGGAUGGGAGAAAGUUCCGAGCCGACUGGGCCGUCAUCAGGGCCAUCAAGGAUUCGGUCAAGAUCCCUGUGCUUGCCAAUGGAAACAUCCGCCAUAUUGAGGACGUCCGUGAGUGCUUGGAGAAGACGGGUGCGGAUGGUGUUCUCUCUGCAGAGUCUCUUCUCGAGAACCCUGCCCUCUUCUCGGGGUAUCGGACCGGAGAAUGGGUUGAAGGCUUGGAGGAAGCCAAUAAUGGCGGGCUGGACCAGGCAGAUCUAGCCGUUGAGUACUUGAAGCUGUGUGCCCAGUACCCGGUCCCUUGGAGGAUGGUCCGGUCGCAUGUGCACAAGAUGCUGGGGGAGUGGUUCAGGAUGCACCCGCAUGUGAGAGAGGAGCUGAAUAAACAGGCCACGCUCAGUUUUGAGUGGCUCCAUGGGUUGGUCGGAAGGUUGAGGGAGACCGGCGCCAGGAUUCCACUGUACUUGGCGACGCAUUCUGAUGCCGAAGAGUCUGUGCGUGUUGGGGCUGCUCAAGAUCCCCGAUGA